AAUUCUAGGUGCACACAAUCCCACAGUAGCGAGAUAAGAUGUCCAGUGUAUGAAUGAGGACAGAAUAUAUAAAGCCCUCAGAGGAGCAGACAACAUUCAACUGCAGCAAUGGCCUUCUUGUGGAUCUUCUCCUGUCUCGCCUUCUUUGGUGCAGCCUAUGGCUGUGGCGUUCCUGCCAUCCCCCCUGUUAUCACUGGCUACUCCAGGAUUGUGAAUGGUGAGGAGGUUCGUCCUCACUCCUGGCCCUGGCAGGUGUCUCUGCAGGACUCCACUGGCUUCCACUUCUGCGGUGGCUCCCUGAUCAAUGAGUGGUGGGUUGUGACUGCUGCUCACUGCAAUGUCAGAACCUCUCACCGCGUCAUCCUGGGAGAGCAUGAUCGCUCAUCCAAUGCUGAGGCCAUUCAGACCAUUAGUGUUGGAAAGUCUAUCAAGCACCCUAACUACAACAGCUACACCAUCAACAAUGACAUCCUCCUGAUCAAGCUGGCCACUCCUGCUCAGAUCAACACUCACGUGUCUCCUGUGUGUCUCGCUGAAACCAGUGAUAACUUCGCUGGUGGCCUGAAGUGUGUGACCUCUGGAUGGGGCCUGACCAGAUAUAAUGCUCCUGAUACCCCUGCCCUGCUCCAGCAGGCUGCUCUGCCACUGCUGACCAAUGACGACUGCAAGCGUUACUGGGGAACCAACAUCACUGAUCUGAUGAUCUGUGCUGGAGCCUCUGGUGCUUCUUCCUGCAUGGGUGAUUCUGGCGGUCCUCUGGUCUGUGAGAAGAAUGGAGUCUGGACUCUGGUUGGUAUCGUGUCUUGGGGAAGCAGCACCUGCUCAACCAGUUCACCAGGCGUGUACGCCCGUGUCACCAAACUCCGUGCCUGGGUUGACCAGACCAUUGCUUCAAACUAAAACACAAUGUUUAUACAGUAGUUCUUGGUCAUGUUUAUCAAUAAAGUUUUAUUUUGAGAAAACAAAA